UGUAACCUUGAAAAUUACGUCCAAAUCAAGACCCCCAUAUACAUAUAAACAUAGUUUCUCACUCCUCUUCAUUCUUCUUCUUCAUCAGAUUCAGAUCCCAGAGAAAAACAGAUUCCAAUUUGACCCAGCACUUUAUUUUUCUUAAAAAAAAAGAGAGAAUAUGGAAGAUGAAUUUUGUGAAUGCAGGCCUUUAGCUUUCUUGCUCGGAUUACCCUUCGCUCUGGUGUCAUUGGUUUUUUCUCUUGUUGGUGUAGUUAUCUGGCUUAUUGGGACAAUAUUGAGUUGCUUGUGUCCAUGUUGCAUAUGCUGCGGAGAAUUGGCGAAUGUAGCUAUGAGUCUUGUGAAGCUGCCAUUAAGAAUUCUUAGAUGGUUCAUUCGGAAGAUUCCUUGUUAGAUGGUGAUAGAUAGAUAUUUGUAGCCUCUCCUUUUCAUAGUAACUAGUUUGUUUGACUUGUUUGCACUACUUGUUCGCUUAUUUUAGUUGCUAGUCUAAUUUAUGAUUCAAGUGCUCUAUUUGAGAUCA